AAAACAACUUGGGUCAAUCACUCGGUGCCCAGUUUUUGUUCCACAGACGCCAGACCUUAUCUCCUUGACAAGAAGCCAUUGCUCCACCACGAAUGCCCCCCCGUUUUCUCUUAAAUUCUAGAAAUCCUGUGACACCGAGUCAAUCCUUUUGUUUUGUUUGUUCCUUACCCGAGGCACCACCGAUCUUUGGCGCCUUAGUCAAUCUGAACGUGACCGUGGCUUUGGCUCCCUCUCUUAUAACAGUGACUAGGCGUGCACUCUUCCCCACGACAAACAAAACCUUAUCACCUGUGAUCAAUACACCCUUGCGCAUCCACGAUGCUGGGGUUCGGGAAGAAACACGAGGGCGAUGCCUCUGAUGAAGCCCCUCAUGAUGAAGUGCAUACGCCUCAAGACGACAUUCCUCAAAGGCCUUGGAUCGAGACUGCCCUCCCGGUGUUUGCUUGCGGUGCUGGUCUUUUCUCAGAUGGCUACAUCAACAACGUCAUUGGUUCUGUUAACACCACCUUGAAGCGACAAUAUGGAGAUGUCUAUGCCAACUCUAAUGCCUUCAAAUACGUCUCUGACAUCGCCUUCGCUGGAACAGUCGUUGGCCAGCUCGUCUUUGGUUUCCUUGCUGAUCAUUGGUCGCGAACCAAUACGCUCAUGGUCUCAACCGUCAUUCUCAUCAUUUUCACUGCGUUGGCAGCUGGAUCUUACUGGCACGGACAGGCAGUCGGAAUGUUCAACAUGCUGACUGCUUGGCGAUUCUUUGUCGGUAUCGGUAUCGGAGGUGAAUAUCCAGCUGGUAGCGUUGGAUGCGCCGAGUCCAGCGGUCAGAUGAAGAAGGGAACCCGAAACCGUUGGUUCAUUCUCUUCACAAACUCAAUGAUCGAUUUUGGCUUCGUCAUUGGUGCUUUCGUCCCUUACGUUGUUGCCGCCGCAUGCCAUAACGGCCACUACAGCACCAUCUGGAGGACAAGUCUUGGCAUUGGAGUCGUCUUCCCUCUUGUCCUCUUCGUCCUUCGACUUCGACUCAAGGAGCCCGAGGAGUUCGCCAAGGAGUCGAUGAGACGCCAAACACCAUACUCGCUGGUCUUGCGCUACUACUGGUUCCGACUGCUCUGCGUCAGUCUGGUUUGGUUCCUCUACAACUUUUCCUCCUACGCCUUCGGUAUCUACUCCUCCUCGAUUCUUGCCGGUAUCUAUGGCGAUGGCGCGAACCUAACCACUGUUUUUGGCUGGAACACUGUCAUCAACAUGUUCUAUCUGCCAGGUACUCUCAUCGGUGCAUUUGUCAGUGACUGGAUCGGUCCUCGAUACACUCUCAUCCUCGGUGUUACUCUCCAAGCCAUCGUCGGAUUCAUCAUGGCCGGUGUCUAUGACAAGAUUUCCACCCAAAUCGCGGCUUUUGCCGUCGUCUUCGGAAUCUUCCAAGCUCUUGGUGAACUCGGCCCCGGAAACAACAUCGGUCUUCUCGCUGCAAAGACAUGUGCCACUGGUGUCCGUGGCCGAUAUUACGGUAUCGCCGCUGCCGUUGGCAAGAUUGGUGCUUUCGUCGGUACUUAUGUGUUUCCCUACAUCCAGGCCGCUGGAGGAAACAAGACUGAGUCAGCCCAGUACCCUUUCUGGGUCUCAUCCAGUCUCUGCAUCCUCUCAGCUCUCAUCGUGUUCUUCUGCAUCCCCCACGUUGGACAAGACACCAUCACCGUUGAAGAUCAAAAGUUCCGCGAAUACCUCCAGGCCAAUGGAUACGAUACUGCGCAGAUGGGCUUCGACUCUGUUGGUAUUGAGGGCGGGGAAGUGAAUGUCACAAAAACAGACGAGAAGUGAAGGCGUUGAAUGUUGUGACUGCAUUUCGCGUGACGAUGUGCGACGUUGGGACACCAAACCAUGAACACAAUGACCUAUUUCUAGCCAAUUAGUGUUUAUAAUCGAAGAACCCCAGCAAAACUCCCGUGUCCGCAAUGACAGCAUCAGGUGUCAGACAACAAGUGACGAGUAAAGCUUUCAGUCACGAUGGCAGCGGAGAUUGUGUUAUGAGAACUGAUUCGUGAUAAAUUACCAACUCUAGAGUACUUAUGUGAACUGUUGAUCCAUAAGACUAGCUGAAAGUGUUCCCUAUGCUUCCAUAAUUCUUCUUCAACACGCCUAUCAAGAUCAAGGAUCUACUUUUGUAAUAACUAAUAACAAAAACACCAGCUCGCGACUGUACUGAUUAAAAGCAAUGAGAUGCUUCAGCCAAUUUCCACGGCAUUCCUUCCAGGCUCGCAAAGUGAUAUCUAGUGGGAUAAUCACAUCAAUAAUAAACAAAUCAACUCCGAACUCGGGCAUUCUUCGUUGCCUGGGCCAUCUGACUCUUUCUCUUAGCUUGCUUGACUCGCUUGGCUUGAUUCGCUUCAAUGGCCUGCUCAUUCUUGUCCUGUUUAUACUUCUCCUCCAGCAUUGGACAGCUCAUCUUGAUGUGAUCGAUAAGCGCUGUUGGCUCCAGAGUCGUUUCCUUGCAAAAAGGGCAUCGAUACCUGUUUUCGUUGUUGAGAAAGUCGCAGGGGAUAAGAUCGAGUCUGUCUGUUCUAACUUGCUCCAGAAGUGCCUUACGAACGUGGGGAGAGAGUUCAGGGAGGAAGGGAUCCUGAGCCGGAUUACGUCUCGGACCCCGAUCGAGCUCAGGCGACUGAUAGGACCGUGGCGUAGAGUUUGCUAUCUGCGGACUGCCUGCGAGUGCAUACUGCUGGAGUUGGGGGUGACAAGCGCUUUCGGAAUGUCUUCGAAUGUGACCUUGAGGACGAUUAGGUUGGGCGUACUGGUGUGCAGAUGGUGCCGACGACUGGUAGCUUGUGUUCGAAUAGGUUGGCAGCAUGGUGGGCAAGGGGGCGUGAAAAGGCAUGCUUUGAUCGUAGCUUGAGUUUGGUCUACGCGGUUCUGUGUGCCCUAGGAUUGGUGACAUCGUGGGCAGGGGAGGAUGCAUGUUGCUUGCCGUGUGCGGUCGAGAGAUUUCGGCCGCAGAUAGACGCGGCGAUUGCAUAAUAUGCGGCGUAGGCUGGUGAUGUCCCGUAUAGUGUCCUGGUCGAGCCCCCACAGCGGUCUGCGGCGGCGAGAUCAUGUUUGGAGCUGUCUGGGCUCCAGAUCGAGGACGAGAGAUGUUUGGUAAUCGAAUGGGUGGCAAUUGAUUUUCCGCUGUUGACAAUUGCGGUGACAAGGUCCCAGUUGAUGCAUAAUGACGCUGGGAAACAUAGCCCUGUCCCUGCAUCUCAGGGCUUCGAUGGGAAAAGUGACUGAAAGAUUGUUGAGGCGAUGCGGGCGGCUGCACUGGAACAGCAUAGGGACGCCGCGGUGAUGGAACAGGACGAUGAUUUGGAUGCCCUUCAUAGGCUGAGACGCGGUGAGGGAUUUCCCUAGGAACUUGUCGGGGAGAGUACAUCGGCUGCAACCCAGAAUGCCCCUGGAAUCCGGACCGAGGUCGCUGAAUUUCUGCCGCUAGUUGAUGGGGAGAAGGCAUAGCCUGUGAUACAAUGUGCUUUUGGGAUGCAGAGCCGGGUCGCGAUAUAGACCGAGCAGCCAGACGAGGAGAAGGCACAGGCUGUGGUCCAAUAUGUCCCGAAGAACUAGGUCGAGACAUCGACAAAGAUGCCUGUUGUUGGGCCAACAUUGUAUUGGGGGGAUAGUGUCCAUCUAGAGGGACAUUCAUGGGCGGCAAGCGGGGUGAGUUUUGGUGUACCGGGGACGUAGGUCGAGAAGCAUAUCUGGUAGGUGGCUGACCUGAGAGCAUUUGUGCUGGUCGCUCUGGCUGAGCUGCUGGAGUGUUCCCGGCCCCAGAAGGAUGUUGGGAAGAAGCACUGGGAGCCUGAUUUUGUGACGGCAUGGCCUUGGGGGCUUCACGGCUCUUUACCGGUGAAGCAGAAGGUCUAGGUGAUGGUCUCUCCCGAGGGAGCGGGCGGCGCGCAGCUGGGGCUUCAGGUCUGGCAGCAGACAUAGCUGGCGGCAUUGACGUUAUCUGUGCAGGUUCUGAAUGUCUUUCAUGAGCUGCUGGCAUCUGUGUAGGACUGGUUGUUGCUGCUUGCUGUCCAGUUGUCAUGGACUGUGACCGCGCUUCAUUGACUGCUUGACGGUUAAGCAAAACAAUAUCAACUGAGGACUUGGAUGAUGCCUUGGGCCUUGUCGCACGUGAUAGUUCGCUAGGUCGGGGACUGUUUCCCAAAGCCUGCGCAGACGUCUUGGGCUGAGCUGCAUGAGGAUGUCUCAAGACUUCAGAGCGAGUCUGAGCAUCUUCUGGCAGUGGACUCUCUAUUGGUGAGUGGCGGGGAGGUGCCAGGACCUGCGAUGUCUGCGAAGUCGGCCAUGCGUUGUUUGGCUGUUCGCUGUUAGACACAGCAGACCCAGGAGACAUUGCUACUUGCGCUGCGGGCCGCUCUUGCGCUGUUGGGGUACGGAACGGUGGCUCCGAAGUCGAUGGUUGAGAUGAUGAAGAUGGGGGGGAUAAUGUCGAGGGCCUGGCCGCUGGAGGCUGUGAUGAUGGCGGCGGUUGUGAAGUUGCCGUUGGCUGAGAUGGUGCAGGCCGACGCGCAAGAGCCGAUGAUUGUGAUGCUCCUGAUCGCUGUGGUGUCGUCGAUGCCCAUGAGUUAUCCAGCGGCCAUGAUGAGACUGGGUGCUGUAACCCUGAAGGCGGGCGUUGCGAUGUUGGUGACCGUGGUACUGAUGGCUGAGAAGACGGCGGAGGCUGCGACAUCAUUGGCAGCUGUAAAGGCGUCGAGGCAGGCGGCGCUGUGGGUGAGAACGGUAUUGUCGCUGGCGGCGACAUUGCGGGCGGUCGAGAUACAACAGGUGACUUUGAUAGCGAUGACAUACGUGACUGCGCAGCGAGCGCGUUGUGAUUAGGUGUCCCUGAUCGAGCCCGUCUCGAAGCAGGUUGAAUUUGCGGCCGUGAAUCAACUACAUCGCUUGGAACACCCUCUGACAAGGAAGAAGCGCGACCCAUAUCAGCGUAAGAAAGGCGUGGCUGUGGAGUUUCAUCGUGGGAAGAUUCCGUAGCGACAGAAGAGCGCUGAGGCUGACUAGCCUCACGUCUCUCAUCACCAGAGUCAUUUUCCGUCUUGGUAAGACUGGCUCUCCCGAGUAUAGGCGAGGCAGGCAAGCUUUCUUCCUGCUUCGUGUUGACAACGUCAUUUGCUGCCUGGGAAAGACUAAUUGUCUCAUGGGCAGGUGUAGGUGUCGGUUUUUGAUCGAGUUCCCUCUGUUCAGACUGUGAAAACUGGAACUCCAGAUCCUCGCCUGCAAGUAGGAGAUCCUCUAAAUCGACACUGUGUAAGCGUGCUUCUCUUGCUUCGUGAGAUAAGCUUUCCUGCUCUCGUUCCGCGGUGACUUCUUCCGGUUCCUUCGGGGAGGAGACGUUUUCGGCUGGAUCUUCCUGAGUAUCAAGAAUAAUUUCCUGAUCGUCCCCAUCAGACUGAGAGUCAUUCUGUUGCAGAGGUUCCUGAGUUGCAUCUUCUGGAGUUUCCAUUACAACAUCCUCGCUGUCCUCGGUAGGGUUUUCCUCUGAACUCAUGGCGAUAUCUUCGUCUUCGACUAUAUCGGGUUGUACGGGUGACUCGGCGACUUUCUCAGGUUCUGGUCCAGUGUCCUGCGCUUCUUCAACUUCCAUUUGGGUAUCCUUCUGCACUUCUCCAGGUUCCAGUCUGGCGUCCUUCUGCGCUUCUUCAGGCUCUGGUUGAACGUCCUGCUCUUCUUCAGAUUUCAGUUCGGUGUCCUGCGCUUCCUUGGUUCCCAUCUGGGCGCCCUGUGCUUCUUCAGGCACUAGUUGAGUGUCCUGCUCUUCUUCAGGUGCUAGUUCGGUGUCCUUCUGUGUUUCUUCAGUCUGCCCAGUCACGUCUGCGUCUUCGGCCUGAUCAGCAGCAUCCGCUUCUGGGGCUGUGUUAGGUGUAACGGUCUCAGC